AAAAAACUUUAACAGAAAUUAACAGCAAGUAUGUCAUCAAAGGCCAGCAUGAUGCCCAAGAUACCAGAAGCAGUUUGUCUCUAAAGAGGAUGGGAUAACUCUCUUGGUAAUUUCUCUGCAUCCAAAAGGAAACAGGAACUCACCUCCCCCCUCCCCCCCUCAAGCCUCCUCUCCACUCCCCCCACCCCCGCACAAAUACUCCAACCAUUUUCUCUGGGUGGAAAGUUGAAACAGAGCAACGUGCCAGCUGCACCUACCCAGCGCUCCCAGGGGUAGAAGAGCAAAGUUCUAGGACACAGCCUUCCUUCCCAGAGCCCCGAGACCCAGACGCACCCGGCUACCUGCUCCGCGCAGCGCCGCGCCGCGCCGGAGGAGCUGCCGCGGCGGAACAGUUGCGUCUCCAUCUGGCCACCAACCCACCCAAGCUUUCUUCGCCUUCACCACCACCUUCCUUCCUCCCCCUCUUCGCCCCCUCCUUUCCGUCUUCCCUCUCCACCCCCGCCCCUAGUCUCCUCCUCUUUUUCUCACUACAAGCGGCCGCUGAUGCUGAAGCCGAGCGUCACUUCGGCUCCCACGGCAGACAUGGCGACAUUGACAGUGGUCCAGCCGCUCACUCUGGACAGAGAUGUUGCCCGAGCAAUUGAGUUAUUGGAAAAACUACAGGAAUCCGGAGAAGUACCUGUGCACAAACUACAGUCUCUCAAAAAAGUGCUUCAGAGUGAGUUUUGUACGGCUAUUCGAGAGGUGUAUCAAUAUAUGCAUGAAACGAUAACUGUGAAUGGCUGUCCUGAAUUCCGUGCCAGAGCCACAGCAAAGGCAACAGUUGCAGCUUUUGCAGCUAGUGAAGGCCACUCCCACCCUCGGGUAGUCGAACUGCCAAAGACUGAUGAAGGCCUUGGCUUUAACGUGAUGGGAGGAAAGGAGCAAAACUCCCCAAUUUAUAUCUCCCGCAUCAUUCCUGGAGGGGUGGCUGAAAGACACGGAGGCCUCAAAAGAGGAGACCAGCUGCUCUCAGUGAACGGAGUGAGUGUGGAAGGAGAACAUCACGAGAAAGCUGUGGAACUGCUCAAAGCUGCUAAGGACAGCGUUAAGCUGGUGGUCCGAUACACCCCAAAGGUCCUGGAAGAAAUGGAGGCUCGCUUUGAAAAGCUACGGACAGCCCGGCGUCGGCAGCAGCAGCAACUGCUCAUUCAGCAGCAACAGCAAACACAACAAAACCAUAUGUCAUAGGCCUUUGAAGAAAAGCUACUUGAUCAGACACCUGAUAGUCACAAAUCUGAAACCGUGCUUCAGAACCCCAGCACAUAGUGAAGGCAAAAGGCAACACUGAUAAUUAUACCUGUCAAGAAGCUGUGAACACAUGGUGUAUAAAAUCUUUACCAAGGCAA